AUGGCGACCCACCGCGCCAAUGAUGCAACAUCAGGACCAAGCAACAGCCGCGUUGCAAUUCACCAAGUAGCUUCCCCAAUUGCCGAUCACCCGACCGCCGUUGCCCCCACUGGCGCCACCGCGAGAGCCGGCGAGUCUCGCAUCCCGCUAUAUGCGGCGACGACGCACAGCAGCGGGCUCCUGGGGCUCAAACUCGCUGCGGCCCUGCCAUUGCCGCGAAAGGCGCACGGACUCGCACAAUUGCGAGAGCGCGGAGAGAAGCUGCAUCAGCAGCGACUGUCGCCCACCGGAGUCUCCGUCGACGCCGUCGCUCCGUUGCCUAUGUCGCCCACGCGCGUGGUGGCGACGUCGCGCGUCAAGUUCGCAGAGCAAGCGACGCCGUUAUCGGCGACGUCAAGGCCGUCGCAGCAAUGUGCGACGCAACGAUCGCCGCUGGUGCUAGCAGGGAUGGCGCACGCGCACUCCUAUUCACUCCGCGCGCUGGAGGAACCAACGGCGGAGAUGGACAUCCUCGUGCGCGAGUUCCCCCUGCCCGAACAGCAGGUGACGUCGUGGGGACCAACCGCAGCUGCUGCGGCGUACUUCAGCCACCACGGUAGCGUCAACGGCGGAGAAGGCGCGCGACUGAGCCUACACCCGGCGCAGCCCCUAGCGGCGCAAGUGGCGCAACUGAAGCGCGCGGCGAGCGGCGCCAUGACGCAAGUGCGCGCGGCAGCGGAGAGCGCGGUGGCGAGUAUGGUGGCGCGCGCGCAGGUGAAGGUCAAGCUUCGCCUGAGCCCCGCCGCCAGCCGCCUGCUCAGCGGCGCCGUCGCAGGCGGUGUAUCGAGAACAGCGGUGGCGCCGCUGGAGACGGUGCGCACGCACAUGAUGUGCGCGGACGUGGGGAGCGUGGCGGCGAACGGCAGCAUGACGCGCGUGUUCAAGUGGGUGGUGGAGAAGGAAGGGUGGGCGGGGCUGUUCCGCGGCAACGCCAUCAACGUGCUGCGUGUGGCGCCCAGCAAGGCCAUCGAGAUGUUCACGUACGAAACUGUCAAGCGCGCUCUCACUCCCACACCAGGCCUCCCCGCACCGCUACCCUUCCCCCUGCCGCUGCCCAUCUCCUCUAUAGCGGGCUCCUCUGCUGGCAUAGCGUCCACAGUUCUCAUGUACCCACUAGAGCUCGUCAAGACGCGCCUCACAGUCAGCCCGCACCUCUACCGCGGCUUCCUGCACGCCUUCCACCGCAUAGUGCGCGAGGAGGGCGUGGGGGCGCUGUAUCGCGGGCUGGCGCCGAGUGUGAUGGGCGUGAUUCCAUACUCGGGGGCGAAUUUCUUUGCAUAUGAUGCACUGUGCACGGCGUAUAGAAAGGCGGCCAAGGUGAAGCAGAUUGACCCGUUGAUCACGCUGCUUAUUGGCUCCACUGCUGGGUGCUUUGCUGCUGCCUCCACGUUCCCACUGGAAGUCACCAGGAAGCAGCUACAAAUGGGCGCCACGGGUGGCAGAAUGGCAUACAGGGGCAUGCUGCACUGCAUGCAGUGCAUUGUGAGGGAGCACGGGGUGAAGGGGCUAUACAGGGGUGUGGUGCCAUCGUGUGUGAAGAUGAUGCCAGCUGCUGGCAUCUCCUUCAUGUGCUAUGAGGUGCUCAAGCGCAUGCUCAUCGAGGAAGAGAUGGCGGCAUAG